GAAAAAAGGCUGAGAGUGAACAGGGGGUUGAAAAAGUUGCAUGAGAGAGUAAAGAAACAACAAGAAAAAGUGGAAGAGAAGAUACAAACAGUAGCAAAGCAUCGGAAUAUUUGGGUGGAAAAUGCUGAUAGAUUGGUUGCUGGUUUCCUUGAGAUGUUUGAAGAGGGUUGCCACAAGAUGGGCACUGUCAUAAGAGACCGGAUUCAAGAACAGAUAAGGACCAAGAGUAUAAAAGGGCUUCUAUAUGACAAAGAAGACGACGAUGAUGAUUAUGACUACUAUUAUGGGAGCACUGACGAUGAUGAAGAAUACUACGAUGGUGAAGAUGAAGACUAG